CACCAUGGUUUCCACUGCUCAGAACCGGCAGACCUUCAUCCAGUCUGCCAUCACUUUCCUUCGCAAGUAUGGUUUUGAUGGUCUCGACAUUGACUGGGAAUAUCCUGGUAACAGAGGCAGCCCUGCUGAUACUCAACAGCUCUUCACUGUCUUGAUGCAGGAAAUGUAUGAAGCUUUCGAGGCAGAGGUUACAAAGAGCAACAAACCCAGGCUGCUGAUCUCUGCCGCAGUGUCUGCUGGCCUGGGCACCAUUGAAACUGCCUAUCAGAUCCCUCAGAUGUCCAAGUACAUGGACCUGAUCAAUGUGAUGACCUACGACCUGAGGGGCUCCUGGGAAGGCUUCACAGGGGAGAACAGCCCUCUCUAUGCAGGUCCUGCUGACCAGGGCUCAUACAUUUACUUCAAUGUGAACUACUCCAUGAAUUACUGGAAGGACCACGGUGCUCCCGCUGAGAAGCUGAUGGUUGGAUUUGGAGCUUAUGCCCGCACCUUCACACUCAGCAACCCCUCUAACCAUGGCCUGGCAGCUCCGACAUCUGGCCCAGGCGCAGCAGGAGAAUACACCCAGUCAGCCGGGACCCUAGCCUACUUUGAGGUCUGCCAGUUCCUGAAAAGUGGGGCUACCACAGUGUGGAACGCUCCUCAGGAGACCCCGUAUUCCUACAAAGGAAAUCAGUGGAUUGGCUAUGACAACCCGAAGAGCUUUGCCAUCAAGGCUAAGUGGCUGCUGGAGAACAAGUUUGGAGGUGCCAUGGUUUGGGCUAUUGACCUGGAUGACUUCCUUGGCACGUUCUGUGGGGAAGGCAAAUACCCUCUGAUGAAUUCCUUGAAAUCUGCCCUUGGCGUCACCACCCCCAACUGCAAGGUUCCAGCCACCACUCUUGGCACUGCUGCUAACCAGCCAGCCAAGCCAACCACAGCUGCCCCUGCUACCAAAAGCACUGAAAGCUCGGGUGGCAAACCAAGCUCUAGUGAAAAACCAAGCUCUGGUGGCAAACCAAGCUCUGGUGGCAGCCCAAGUGGUGGCAACAGCAACUUCUGUGCUGGCAAGGCCAGUGGCCUCUACCCAGAUCCCACCGAUAAGAACAGCUUCUAUAACUGCGUGAAUGGAAGGACCUUCCAGGAGAACUGUGCGAAUGGCCUGGUCUUCGACACCAGCUGCUCCUGCUGCAACUGGGCAUGAACACAACAGCCACUGGACCCACUUCCA